AUGAAUGUUCCAGAUGAAAAAGCAAAAUUAAGUUUAGAUUUGGAAGGUGCAUUGGGAAAACAAAAUAUAGCAAAUACGCAAAUAGGAGCUGUAGAAGAAACUAUAAUAUUAGCAAAAUAUAUUCAGUUGCAAUUAUCACAACCAAAAGAUAAAUUAACAGAUGAAGAAAUAAAACCUUAUUUAACUGUUGUGAUAAAUAAUACAAGAAAUUGGUCUUUAAAAAUGGCAUCUCUUUAUAAUCGAUGUUCUUUGGAAUCUGGAGAUAAACGAACUGUUGAACGGUCAAUGAUGCAAAUGGAAUAUUUAAUACAUGAAUUAAAUAAAACAGAAGUUUCUGUUGCAAAUAGAAUGGACUUAUUUUUUGCUAGUGGUCUUAAACCAAUUUGGGUUUUAGAACAAAUGUAUGCACAAUUGAUGUUAAGUCUUGGAUUAGUAAAAGGAGCUUUAGAUGUUUUCUUGAAACUUAAACUUUGGGAAGAAAUAGAAAUUAUUCAUCAAGAAUUAUCUAAAAAACCAUCGGUUCAAUUAUGGUGUUUAUUAGGUGAUGCAACUCAGGAUCCUAAUCAUUAUGAGACAGCAUGGAAAUUGUCCAAUGAAAAAAGUAGUGCAGUUCAAAGACAUUGGGGAUUUUUUUAUUUUAAAAAACAAAAUUACAAAGAAGCUAUAUCACAUUUAAAAUUAUCAGUUGAAUUAAAUAACAUUCAAGAACAUGUAUGGAUAAGACUUGGAUUUGCUGCCUUAGAAAUAGAAGAUUGGAAAUUAGCAGCAACAGCAUAUAAACAUUAUUGUGCUUUAGAACAAACGACAUUUGAAGCAUGGAAUAAUUUGGCAAAAGCUUAUAUAAAAUUAGGUGAUAAAACAAAAGCUUGGAAAUCUCUUCAAGAUGCUAUAAAAUGUAAUUAUGAUCAAUGGCAAGUUUGGGAUAAUUUAAUGAUAGUGAGCAUUGAUUUGCGACAUUUUUCAGAAGUAAUUCGAUGUUAUCACCGUAUUUUAGAUUUGAAAAAUCAUCAUUUAGAUGUUCAAAUUCUUGAUAUACUUACUAAUGCUGUAUUAAACAAUGUAAAUGAUUCAAAUGGAAUUUCUGCACAAAAAUUGCUUCCAAAAAUUUUAGAAUUAUUUGGAAGAAUUACUUCUUUUAUAUCUAAUAAUUCUGAUGUUUGGAGGAUGUAUGGACAACUUACUAUUUUAAAAAAGACAGAUAUUGAUAAUGAAAAGGCAAUACAAUAUUUACAACAAGCACAUCGUAUUGCUAUCUCAGAUUCAAAAUGGCAUUUAGAAGAAGAAUCAGUUGAGAAAAUAUUACAAUUAUGUUGUAUAUUAGCAGAAAUAUACUUACAAUAUGCUUCCAAUUGUGAAUUAAAAAAAAAAAAAACAUUGUUAGCUAGUGCAAAAUUAUCUCUUCAAGGAAUUGUAAAAAAAGUCAAAUAUCAAGAGUGGAAUAUUGAUAAGAUUUGUAUAUGUUUAAAUACAGUUGAAAAAUAUUUAAAUACAAUAAUAAUAAAAUUAGAACAAAUAAAAUUGAAAAAUAUAUGAAUAUUUUAUUAUAAUGA